AUGGAGCUGCAGCACAGAGUACCUCUUUUGGUGCAGAAAGGGCAGUCAGGAGCAGGAAGAAAAUGUACAAGACAUUUUCAUCACUUUGACCUGAAAGAAAGGGUUUUCUGUGUGCAGGUGACAGUGUUGGUGGAGUUCCUCAUAGACAACUGGGCAGCAGUGUUUGGGGAGGACACAGCCUUGAAUUUCAGCCGCCUAGAGAAGGAGUCCCAUCAGCGCACAGGCAGUUCCACAGAACACCCAAAGGCUACUCAGCAGAAUGGUUUUGCCCAUGGUAGCCCAGAUGCUGAAGCUGAAUGCAGCCCCUGUACCUCAGAGACUGAGCAGCCGGAAGGGAGAAGCACCAUCAUGAGCAGAAGAUAUCCAACAUGUGUCUCUGCCCCUUCGCUGCCUCACUUUACAAAUGAUGUCAGCACAAUGGACAGGAGAUACUCAGAGCCAGACCUGUCCUUUGAGAAUUGCUUGGAAGGCAGAAUAAGAGAUCAGAAGCUAACCAAAAGUGAGGACAAUUUUCCUGUUCUGCAGAGACAACUCAGGCUGAAGAACAAGGCAUUGGAAAAACAAGUUUCAGUCUUGCCUUCACAAUUAUCAAAUGACUCACUACCCAGAUCAUUUUCCAGUUGCUCCCUGGAGAGCUCCUUCUCUGGUUCUGAGGGCUCAGUUUUCAUCAGCUCCCCAUUAGAUUCACCAACUAGUCCCAAAAAAACCUUUUUAAACAGGCCCCAGUCUUUUUCAGCCAAGCCCAUGGAGAACAGCAGCACAGUGAGCAGAGAGAUCAAAAAACACUCCAUGUCUUUCUCUUUUGCAAAUCGCAGGAAAACACUAACAAAAACCCAGAGUUGGGGGCCUGGAAAAAGCACUGACAAAAAUCCAUCUAAGGAAAAUUCCUGCCUGUGUUCUUUUCAGUCUGGAAAGGAAAAUUCUCUUCCAUCUAGUGCAUAUUCUGGUUUGGCACUGAUCUACCACAGGAGCUUGUUGGUUUGCUAUUGGCACGACCUUGGCCAAG